AUUCCUUUAGUGCCGAAUUUUGUCAGUCAACAUUUAUCGUAAAAUGAGCAAAGUUUUAAAAGAAUGCUUCUUAAAGUCUUUAACCAAUCGUCAUCCACCGAUUCGUAUUGAACCAGAACGGACUUUUAUAGGACGCAGUCCACAAACACUGAUUCAGGAUCCAUGCUGCUCACGACAGCAAGUUUGUCUUAAGGCCAAUGUUAAAGAUGGUUACGUUUUGGUGAAAUGUCUUGGCUCAAACCCGUCGGUGUUAAAUGGAAAAAAGUUGGAAAAACACCUUGGAUAUGAAGCUUACGAUGGGGAUAUUCUGGAAUUGCUUCCUGGUGAACAUCAAUAUUCCUUUGAUUUUAAAUUUGAGGAGGUGGUCUGUGAAAUGGAACAGGAGAAAACGGGAAUGUUACAGAAUAAUCUGGUUCCAAGAAAAAAAGAGUUUGCCAAUCUUGAAUGUUUUACGAAAAGCGAUAAAAAGGUCAAAAUCAUUGACAAAAAAGAUACUCACAAAAGAAGUUUGUCGAAAGACAGUGAAAGUAGUUCCAAACAGAGCAAAAAAAGUCGUACUGAAAAUACACACAAUGGGAACAACAGCAAGACGGAUUUAAAUAAUCGAACUAGUGUUGGGCUAAGAAUAUCAGUACCUGUUGAGAGCAACCGUUGGGAAGUCAUCGACGGAAAGCAAUUGUAUAUUUUUCAUAGCAAAGGACUGAAUUCUUCAAAUAAGAUAGCCGCUUACGACAUGGAUGGAACACUUAUCAAGACAAAAUCAGGUAACGUUUUUCCAAAAACAAUUGACGAUUGGCAGAUUGCGUUUCCUGAAGUCCCCGGAAAAUUGAAAUCUUUGUCGAAAAAUGGAUUUAAAAUUGUUAUUUUUACUAACCAAGCUGGAAUUUCGAAAGGAAAACUAAAAAUUGAUGAAUUUAAAACGAAGAUUGAAGCCUUACAAUCCAAAUUGAACAUUCCGCUGCAAGUAUAUAUCUCUACUGGAAAAGGGGAAUACCGCAAGCCUUUAACGGGAAUGUGGGAUAAGAUGUGUCAGCUGUAUAAUGACGACCUUGAAGUAGACAAAGUACAUAGUUUUUAUGUUGGUGACGCAGCUGGUCGACUAGAACAGAAAAAACCUGUGAAACGCAAAAAGGAUCAUUCUUGCGUCGAUCGAUUAAUGGCGUUGAACGUUGGAAUACCAUUCUUUACUCCAGAAGUUCAUUUUCAGAAUGCUAAAGACCUUGAGUGGACUAAGCCGGAAUUUGAUCCGAAAUCAGUUUUCGAAUUUCGAGAGCUUUUAUCACCAAGCGGAAGUAAAAUGGUUUCUUCUGAACCGGAAGUUAUAGUAAUGGUUGGCUUUCCUGGAUCUGGCAAAAGCAGUUUUGUUCGAGCGAAUCUUGAAUCGAAAGGUUAUACUUUGAUCAAUCGUGAUACUUUGGGUUCAUGGCAAAAAUGUGUUUCACUACUGGAGAGUGCGCUAAGGAACAAAAAAUCAGCUGUCAUCGACAACACUAACCCUGACGUGGAGAGCCGGAAACGCUUUGUCGAAGUGGCUAAAAAAAGGAACGUACCUUGUCGCUGUUUUGUGAUGAACGUCAGUUACAAGCAGUCAAAACAUAACAAUAUAUUUCGAGAAUUGACUGAUCGGUCACAUACAUCGAUAAACGAUAUGGUAUUCAAUAUGUAUAAAUCAAAAUACCAGGAACCAUCUAUCGAAGAGGGUUUCAGUGAAAUAGUGAAGGUAAACUUUUUAGCGAAUUUCAAAUCUGACGUUGAAGAAAACUUGUACAAAUUGUACUUAUUGGAAAGUUAAUUACUGUUAUGGAUUGGAUAUU